AUGGCCUCCGCACCGCUUACCGAGCUCCUGCUCUCAUCCACCACCUCCUCAUCGCCUCUCCCGACCGUCUCGCUCCACAACCCUCUCACAGGCGCACUCGUGCACUCUUUCCGCUCGCCAGUAGCUUCCACUUCGACCGCUCCUGCGCGCGCGGGGAAGGAGGACAAGGAUGCGCAGAGCUUGGAGAAUCGCAGGACGUUCGCGGCUGUUGAAGGCAAGGAUGGGUGCGGUGGAUUCUUGAUGGGUCUUGGAGGGAAGGAAGGGAGAUCGGGACUGAACGUGUGGAGUUUCACGAGGGAAACGACGCAGCAUCGUCUGAUUCCGCCUGUUCGGUUGUCGACGAUUGCGCUGAGUCGGGACGGAGUGUACAUGGCGGGCGGCACGCCUGACGGGCGGAUAUUGCUGUGGGAGGUCUCGAGCGGCACGUUGCUCGUAACUGUCGACGCACACUACCGCUCCAUCAGCGCUCUCGCUUUCUCGGAUGACGGAGCGGCGCUUGUCAGCGGAAGUGAGGACGCGGGAGUGAGCGUCUGGUCUGUCGGACGACUCCUGAACGCCUCGCCGAUGGACCCGCCGACACCCUACGCGACGCUGUCCGACCACACUCUUCCCGUUACGGACGUUUGCGUUGGCCUUGGCUCUUUUCCCCGCUGCCGAGUGAUGUCUGCUUCGCUCGACUCGACGGUAAAGAUCUGGGACAUCUCCACCUCUCCGGCCUCACUCCUCUCGACCUUCUCCUUCCCUCAUUCCAUCACCCACAUCGCCUUCGACGCCCUCGAGCGCUACUUCUUCGCCGCCGGUCCCGCUUCACCCUCCACUUCCUCCGCCGCGACUCCCUCCACCGCCGAAGCACCUGCAGCGAGCAGCCGAGUUGUGCGAGUCAACUUGUAUCGUAAGAGGAAGGACGAGUUCGGGAUUGAGGUUGCUGAGCCGGUUGGAGGUGGCGGUAGGGGAGAAGUCGAGCGGGUUGGAGAAGGAGCGGGCAAGGAGGGUGAGGUGUAUGAGGUUGCCGACACCAUCACCUCGCUACACCUCUCCCCUCACUCGCCCUCACUCUUCGUCGGCCUCGCCUCCUCCGCAAUCCACGUCCUCUCUCUCCCCUCCCUCCUCCCCUCCCGCAUCCUCGCCCCUCCACCGUCCUCUACCUCCCCCGGCGCUAUCACCUUCCUCCAAACCCUGAUCCGACCUCCCGAACUCGGUGCCUCGUCCUCUUCUUCCGGCACUGGGAUCGGAGGCGAGGUCCCGCUGAGACCGGUCAUGCCGCAGGGAAUGGGUCGUACGGUGGUCGUACCCGAAGAGAGGGAACGAGGAGGUCCGAAAGGCAGGGUUGUCGAGAUGCGCAUUGGAGCGGCGGGGUCGGGCCUGCGUUUGGACGAGUUGAUCUGCCCGGCGAGGGGUCUGACACCGCUUUCGCUUGCAACUGCGGGUACCGGAAGCAGCGUGGUGGCGGGAGGAGCAGCAGGCGCGCUGGAGAAGGAACGGAAUAGGGCGAACGACUUGGAGAGGGAGGUGGAGGUGUUGAAGCGUGAGUUGGGCAGGGCGGUUAGCGUCAACGAGGGGAUGUGGAAGAAGGUUGUCGAGGGCGCGCUGGACAGGCGGUAG